AUGGAUCCUCUCGUUGCAACGGCCAACGACAUAGCCUCCGACGAAAGCUCUACCCCUCCUCUCCCGGCAUCCCCUCCAGAUCUCCCAGGCCGCUUAUGGGCCAUUAGCGACCUCCACCUCUCGUACAAGUCGAAUCGCGAAGCCCUCGAGAAGCUUCAGCCGCGGCCGAACGAUGGGCUGAUACUCUGCGGAGACGUUGGGGAGUCGCAUGAGCACCUCCGGCUAGCCUUCACCCAGGCUACGGCUUGCUUCAGGCAGGUCUUCUGGGUACCGGGGAACCAUGAGCUGUACACUCUGCCCACACAGAAGGAGCACGGUGCAAGAGGAGAGGCGAAAUACAUGGAGUGCGUCGAGAUCGCCAGGGAAUUUGGCGUGCUCACACCUGAAGAUGAAUUCAUCCUAUGGGAGGGCGAGGGCGGGCCUUGCCUGAUUGCGCCCAUAUUCACGCUAUACGACUAUUCCUUUCGGCCUGUCCACGUCAAGCUAGAGGAUGCGCUCGACUGGGCAAAAGAGGAGAACAUCGAGGCCACGGACGAGCAUCUGUUGCACCCGGAUCCGUACUCCUCGCGCAUCGAAUGGUGCAAUGCUUUGCUGAAGAGAACCGAAGACAAGCUUUCGACUGCAGUGACGGCGAAUCCAGGACUAAAGUUGAUCAUCGUGGGACAUUGGCCGCUGCGAGAGGAUCUGGUCAAGCUGAUGCUGGUCCCAAGAUUCUGUCUCUGGUGCGGGACAAAGAAGACCGAGGACUGGCAUAAGAAAUACAACGCGAAGGUGGUCGUGAGUGGCCAUUUGCAUAUCAGACGCACAGACUGGAGAGAUGACACUCGCUUUGAGGAGGUCAGUGUAGGCUACCCGAAGCAGUGGCAGGAGUGUCAAGAUCGCGGCAUGGACAUCAACGAUCUCUUGCGAGAGAUUCUGCCAGGGCCCGAGAUACCCCCUCCGGACCAGCGAGCUACUAUUUGGAGACGCUACGGGUGA